AACCAUAAUCACAAAUCACAUGUAAACACACCACCCACAAGAUCAACAAUCCGCCUUUCCUCCGGGGAUGUAUCAAGCGAUCAUCUUCUGAUCACCCGCCGGAUUUCCAUUAUUUUCCUUCUCAACAUCGAUCAAUAAUGGCAACCAAAGGGAAUCCAGGAGACAACAGGACUAGGAGAUCUUUUUCUGUAUUUAUAGUAUUUGGUUUGUGUUGCUUCUUCUAUCUCUUGGGUGCAUGGCAAAGAAGUGGUUUUGGGAAGGGGGACAGCAUAGCGCACGAAAUAACAAAAAAUGCUGACUGUAGUGUCAUUUCCAAUUUAAAUAUCGAGACUCAUCAUGGUGUUGGAGUGAAGAACCCUGAUGAUUUACGAUCAGAAAGUAAGGUUUUUCAGCCAUGUGAUGACCGGUUCAUCGAUUACACACCUUGUCAUGACCAAUCACGUGCAAUGUCUUUCCCUCGAGAAAACAUGGAGCAUAGGGAGAGACAUUGUCCUUCUGAUAACGAGAAACAACACUGCCUUAUUCCAGCCCCAAAAGGGUUUCCAGGUGGAGGAACACAGUUUCCUCGAGGGGUGGAUGCAUAUAUUGAGCAAAUGGCUUCUGUCGUCCCAAUAGGCAACGGAAUCGUUAGAACUGCUUUGGACACUGGCUGUGGGGUUGCGAGUUUGGGUGCUUACUUAUUCAAGAAAAACGUUAUAACCAUGUCAAUAGCACCAAGAGACUCACAUGAAGCACAAGUUCAGUUUGCUUUAGAAAGAGGUGUCCCUGCAAUUAUUGAUGUUCUUGGUACUAUAAAGCUCCCAUUUCCUUCACGAUCCUUUGACAUGGCUCACUGUUCUCAGUGCUUGAUCCCAUGGACUCAAAAUGAUGGAAAGUACAUGAUGGAAGUUGAUCGAGUUUUAAGACCUGGUGGCUAUUGGGUGCUUUCUGGCCCUCCUAUUAAUUGGAGGAUGAAUUACAAAGCAUGGAAGCGUUCUGAAGAAGAACUGGAAGAGGAUCAAAGGAAAAUUGAGGAGAUAGCUAAACUUCUUUGCUGGGAGAAGAAACACGAGAAAGGUGAAAUGGCGGUUUGGAGGAAGAGAGUAAAUAAACAUUAUUGUCAAGAAAGAGAAUCUCGUGUUACCAUGUGUAAACAAACAAAUGUAGAUGAUAUCUGGUACAAGAAGAUGGAAACUUGUGUAACGCCUUACCCCAACACAAAUGAUACAACUGAGGUUGCUGGUGGUGAACUAAAACCAUUCCCGCAAAGACUUAAUGAUGUUCCUCCAAUAAUUUCUAGUGGUUCCGUGAAUGGAAUCUCUGCUGAGUCAUUUGAAGAGGACAACAAAUUAUGGCAAAAACAUUUGAAUGCUUAUAAAAGGGUGAAUAAAAUUAUUGGCACUGGACGUUAUCGUAAUAUUAUGGAUAUGAAUGCUGGUCUUGGAAGUUUUGCUUCUGCACUUGAAUCUCCCAAGUCUUGGGUUAUGAAUGUGAUGCCAACUAUAGCCAAGAAAGACACUCUUGGUGUGAUUUAUGAACGCGGUUUGAUUGGCAUCUAUCAUGAUUGGUGUGAAGCAUUCUCCACGUACCCUAGGACAUACGACCUGAUUCAUGCUCAUGGUCUUUUUAGCUUGUACAAACACAAGUGUGAUUACGAAGACAUUCUCUUAGAGAUGGAUAGAAUUUUACGACCUGAAGGUACUGUUAUAAUCCGUGAUCAUGAGAUUGAAGUGAUUAAGGUAAAAAAAAUUGUUUCUGGAAUGAUGUGGAACACAAAAAUGGUGGAUCAUGAAGAUGGCCCUCUUGUUCCUGAAAAGAUACUAUUUGUAGUCAAACAGUACUGGGUUGCAGGCGAAAACAACUUGACGUCUUUGAGAUGAAAACAAACGAUGUUUUUAGGCACUUCUACGUAUGAAAGUGACAUUUUCAAACAUGACCAGAAGUCAUGGAUUUAAAAAACCUGAUAGAAGAUCAUUCAACCAAAGGACUCUCCACUACCCCCACCCCAAAAAGGGAAGGAAGAAAAAGAAAUUCUAGCUUUUCAAUUUUCUGUUCCUAUGAAUAUUCCCUUAGGUAGAGGAAAGAUUUGCAUACAUUCUACCCUCCGCAGAAGAUCCUUACCUCUAUGUGGGAUUUAACCGCGUUCGUUUGUUUUUUUUAUGAAUAUUCACAUGUGAUGUGAUGCUGUGUUUUCAAGAAGGGAAACCUAAAAACAGCCUUCCUGUGAAAUCAAACAACUUCUCAUGUUGUAUGAUGUGAGAUACUGAGGCUCAUCGCUUCAAAGUUUUCAUCUGAUUAUGAUGAAACGAGAACAAUUUAUGCUAGCUUCCCCUAGUGAAACAAUUGCCACAAACAGAAUUGGGAUGGGGGAAAAAGUCGUCCUGCUGCCGACCCUCUUUUCAGGUGAUAAUACAUAUAUAAAUUGGGUUUGCUUGGUUAUUCUUGUCUAGAAAUUCAUGUGAAUAGCAAGAUAUGUUUGUAUGUUGCACACCAUGCGGGUCCUAUUUAUAUGGUGCGUUAAGAGAUGACAAAUAACAGGUCCCACAAGACAAGCCGGACGGUCGAGGAUGAUAUAAAGGAAUGAAAUAUAGUUUUUAAGUUUCCUUAAAUUAUAUUCUGCUGCUACAUCUUUAGGUUUAAUA